AUGACAGCAGCUAAUAAGAAUAUUGUCUUCGGAUUUUCCAGAUCCAUUAGCGCAAUUCUACUAAUAUGCUUUUUCUUUGAAAAAGUCUGCGGUGAUAUGGAGCAUGAUAUGGGCAUGGAUGAUACUUCGGGAUACACGAGGCCAGAAAUUGUGCAGGCUGGGUCGAAAUCUUUCCACUGGCUCUGCACUUUGGGAUUCUUGUUGCUUUUACCAUCCGUGGUGACGUGCCUUUCGUUCGCUGGCAGGAUAUAUUCAGCUACCCUCUUACAAUGCACUUGUGCCGUUUACGCUUUCUUAGAAGCUGCCGUAUUAAGAUUUCAAGACAAUGAUGGGGUAGAAAAUAGAACUUCAAGGGGAACCGCAUGGUUUUUGGUGGGACUUACUUGGAUAACCUUAUUCUUUGGUGGAUUAGCUGGAGGAACUGGUUUCUUAGUGAAAAGCAAGAGGUUGCAAACGUUCAUAUCAAAUGCAGGUGAGAAAAGGUUGUCAUAUAUCCAUCGUGGUUUAUCCUUUCUAACUGUUCUAACAGGUUGGGUUAAAGUCUGUUUGGCACCUGUUGCGCUCUUUGGGUUUUGUAGAGAGGCACACACAGGGCAAUGCAUCGCUCAUGGUAUCAUGGGAUCCGCGUUUGUGUUGUACGGGUUCAUUUAUGUACUGGUUUUGGUUAUACCAUGGAUUCGCAGUGCCCAAACCUCAUAUUCACAGGAUUACGUCGACAGUUGGGUUAUGUGCAUAUGGGGCGUUGUAAAUACUUUUACUGAACACAGGUGGGGACGUGAAGGAUGGAGUGUUCACGAUUAUCAACACACGUUUAUGGGAAUUAUCUGGUGGACUGGUGGAAUACUCGGGAUUUUCCUUUCCAGAAAUGGCAGAAGAACAUUUGUACCAAGUUUGAUUAUUAUUUUCACCGGAUGGGCCAUGUCUGAGCACGCCCAGCACUUGAUAAUUAGCACAAAAGUCCAUAAUAUGUUUGGGCUAGUUUUAAUGUGUGGAGGCGCUUUAAGAAUUAUCGAAAUAUCUUUUUUACUACGUGAUAAAAGAACGCUGGACAAAAUACAUUCAUUCCAAUACCUUGCUCCCUUUUGUUUAGUAUGUUCAGGUCUCCUAUUUAUGGGCGCAAACGAAGAACAACUCAUUUUAGUGUUGCGGUUGGGAGGCGACCAUAGUGCGUACGUUCUAAUUAUCGUAUCAGGCGCAUUUUUGGUCUACUUCUGGAUGAUUGCAUGUUUGGAAUUCUACCUAUAUCUACUUGAAAAGGGAAAACAAGGAUUCCUUCCGAAAUCAUACGAACUUGAAGAGGAAAACAAUAACGUGAGCUUUGAGCUAGAUAACAUAUCGAACGAAGAUGUGGAUGAAGAUACCACUCCCUUUAACGUUUGA